AUGUCAGGAAGGGAUGAGAGCGCCGUGGUUCGACACUCUGGAAAUACAGCCGGGCUAAGACUUGCAUUGGGCCUGUGUCUCUGUUACACGCUAUGUGUACUCGUCCUUCGCGCGUUUAUUCGAUGGCGUGCCUACGCUGUAGAUGAUGGGGUCGUGCUAAUUUCAACGAUUCUAGCUCUUGCUUUCUUCGGCUGUGGUUAUGCGUCCGCUGCGCGAGGACUUGGUCGUCCGGAUGCUGAGCUUGACUUGCAACAACAAGCCUUUGUCGAUCAAUUGAACAAAGUCAUUCUAGCUAGCAACCUCACAUGGAUGGUCGCUCUAUGUGUCUCCAAGGUUGUCAUUGUAGCUAUGCUGCUGCGCACAACUCGAACUCGCUCACAUCGGAGAGUACAACAUGGCGUUGGACUGUUAAUAGGAACACAGUGUGUAAUCUCCAUUAUCCUUUUGACUUUGAAAUGUUCUCCUUCACACACACUUGCUUGGGAUCUACAAUCCGGACAGGAGGAAUGUCCGGGGAAAGAGGCGAGAUGGCUGGUUAUAACCAUCUUGGACAUCCUUACCGAACUUCUCCUCUUGCUCCUGCCUCUCCAAUUAGUCUGGGGUCUCAAGAUGGACUGUCGAAAUAGAAUCUAUGUCAUCGCUGCCUUCUGGCUACGACUACCUACUCUCAUCUUCUCCAUCAUACGCUACAAAGCAACACACAACCUCACAACCUCCUCCAACAUCUCUCCCAACGCCGCUCUCGUCCUAAUCUGGCAAGCCGUCCAACUCUCCUACUCAGUCGCCGCCGCCACCCUCGCCGCACUCAAGCGCUUCACCGAAUCCAUGAACACCGGCUUCGGCCACGGCGAACUCAUCCGCGUCCACGGCACCUCGGAAAGCUACCCACUCUCCGACCAAAGCGAGUCCCGCAAACGCUCCAAAUCAUCAAAGGCAAGCUCCUCCCACCGACCCCCUUACCACGACAUCACCGUCGACUCCAUGGAGACCGAAGCCGAGCUCCCGCCACCCCGCAAGGGCAGCAUCGCCGCUCACCACAGGACUAUGAGACUGAGACCGGAGAAAUUGCACAACACCGCAACCGUCUCUUCGCCAGCCGCGGAUGCGAUCCUCGAGCUCUCUGAUGCGGGACUCACAAAUGAUAAUAGUAUUAGGCAAGAGGUGCAUUACUCGGUGCACUACUCUUCUGCCUCUUGCGAACGGCCAGCGCGCCCGCGCUGA